AUGAACGAUCGGAGUAGUCGUUCUCACAGUUGCGUGAAGGUUCAUGUUCGAGGAAGAGACUUGACAUCAGGGACAAUUCUUCACGGUUGUUUGCAUUUGGUUGAUCUAGCAGGAAGUGAAAGGGUUGACAAAUCUGAGGUGGUAGGAGAUAGAUUAAAAGAGGCACAACAUAUCAACAAGUCUCUUUCUGCUUUAGGGGAUGUGAUAUCUUCUCUUGGGCAAAAGAAUUCACAUGUUCCCUAUAGAAACAGUAAGCUUACACAGUUGCUUCAAGAUUCACUUGGAGGGCAAGCUAAGGCGCUGAUGUUUGUUCAUAUCAGUCCGGAUCCUGAUGCUACUGGAGAAACACUUAGCACACUUAAAUUUGCUGAACGGGUGUCCACUGUCGAGCUUGGUGUUGCUCAAGCAAAUAAAGAUAGUCCUGAUGUCAGGAAGUUAAAAGAACAGAUUGCUAGUCUCAAGGCGGCUUUAGCUAGAAAAGAGGGAACAGGUCACCUUCAGCAGUCCAGAUCCAACAGCGCUGAAAGACUCGGUGUGAUGUUUGAAGGCAAUUCUCCUUCACAUCCUAAUUGGCAGAGUGCAGGAGAUAUGUCUGGCAAUUCCAUGCAACCCAUGGAGGAUGUUGGCAACGUAGAGGUCAGAAACAACUAUGGAUCAAAGGUAAGAAGGCAAAGCUUUGAUCUCCAAAACUUUUUAAUUAAUUCACCUCCCUGGCCACCCGCUGGCAGUCCUAGAUUGCAGGACGACAAGAAAGAAAUAGGUUUUGGCAAUUGGAUUGACAAGGUCAUGGUGAAUAAGCAAGACGGUGUGACCAAAUAUGAAAAACAUUUAAGAGGCUGGGAAGAAGAUAGCAGUCGGUCGCCCGAGAUGUUCUGUCAGAGAUAUUCACUUGACUCUUCAAAGAUAGACACGGACAAAUCUGUAAGCAGAUUUUCAGGCAACAGAAAAGAAAGCCAAGAUCAUGAUGUUAAUAGGAAUCGUCAUGAGAUGGCUAUCAUCAGUGAUUCUGAUGACUUGGAGGCUGCAACUAGCGAUUCUUCUGAGGUGGACUUCACUUUGCAACUCAACACUCCCGAAGUCAUGAACGUCUCAAAUGGGGUGGCAUCUAAAAUUAAGAGGCCUAGUCCAAAGCAAACCAAGAGACCAGAAAUAAGUAGGAGCCUAAUUCCAGCACCACCAUCAAGGAGGCUAUCUAUUGGGGGUAAUUCAACAUUUAACAAGACUGAGAGGCAGUCGAUUUCUGCUGAUGGGAAGCGAAAAACAGGGAGUGGGAAGUGAAAAUGUAUUUAAUGCAACUAGUCUCUACUGAGGGAAGUGGUUUUGUGGGGUUGUCUUCUUUUUCCUUUAACUGUGAAUUAGUUAGGUAGGGAAGACAGAGACAGUGAGAGAGUGAAGAGGUGUUCGCAAAUGGAGUUGGCGAAGAUUCCAGUUGCCAACGUUUCUGCGGUAGUGAUCCUAAGCUCAUUGACAGGUUUUGAUUGUCUACACGGGUGUUGAUUCAUUUGCACGUGUUUUUGUUUUUGUUGUAAAAUGAAAAAAGGGCAAACGGAGAAAGAGAGAUUGUAUAUAUCGUCUAUAUGUUCAUUCUGUAUAGUGCAUCCUCUUGACGGUGUGGUUGAACACUAACCCACCCUGAUUUCCUUUCUGGAUCACGUUAUGAAUUAGAAGAAAAAAG